AGUAGCUCUCGCCAAAGCAACUCUGCAAUAGACAAUGUUAUGUUUACCUUUUGAUAAUUUUCGCAUAUUAUUUACAUGUUCAUUAUUUAAGUUAUUUAUGUUUAUAAGCAAAACAUCAAAAGACGAGGUAGUGAUAAGAUUAGAGCGAUUAAUGUUUAUUCUGUUCUCGUUUUCAACUAAACGGGAGUGAUUAGGUCGCUCAUUAUUCCGCUGCAAAUGAGCAGUAGUAGCUGAACGUUGCUGCAUCUAGUAUAAUAUCUCACAAAAUUUCGUUGUUAAAAGGAUUUUAGCAAUACGCGUAUUUAAGCAAUGUCGAGUUCGAGUAAUGGUAACGUAGACCGUGGAGAUGGUGAAAAGAUAUUGGCUAUGUGUAGUUUAGGACUUGGCAGCUUAUUGUUUGGAAUGCUUCCUGCCGUUAUUUCAGCGCAGAAUCGAAGACGUUUUCCACUGACUAUAUCAUUGUUGCUGUGCUUUGGAGCUGGUAUACUAUUGUCUACUGCCCUAGUACAUAUUUUGCCAGAAGUACGCAAACAGAUGAAUUCAAACUUUGCGGAAAUAACUAUUUGUGGAGGUUUUUUUUUAAUAUAUUUUAUUGAUGAAUUCAUACAUUACUUCUUUGGUGAAGCUAUACAGCACACACAUUCCUUUGCCACUGACUCCAUUAGAACCAACAAUCACAGUAAUAGUAAUUUGGAUACGGACAGAACUCCGCUUUUGAGUGAUAGACGUGAUCAUUAUGAUAACCAGUAUGGAGAAGGUCAACAUAAUAAUUCUGAUGUGAAUAAUGUGUCAGCUCACCAACAUUCCUAUUAUAACACAUCACACUGUGCAGAAGAAGCAGUUAUUGCGGAAUCUAAUGCGCGAAUAUGUCAUACGAGUCAUGAAGAGCCAUGUGUUCAAUCUCUGACUGGUACCUUAGGACUUUUUGCAGCAUUAUCUCUACAUUCUGCUAUCGAAGGUCUGGCGAUUGGAGUUCAAAAUUCUUCAAGAAAGGUACUUUUUCUGCUUGGCGCCGUCGCAUGCCAUAAGUUCGUCAUGGGCUUCUGUUUAGGUUUGGAGUUUCGCUCAAAUCCACAAACAACGCUUCGUCAACAUUUUAUCGGCAUUGUGGUGUUUGCAUUAGGUGCUGUUUGUGGCAUCGGCAUAGGUAUGAUUAUAGCCGAUAUACCAUCGAGUUGGUCGACUGCUGCACUGCCGAUUGUGCAAGCGCUCGCUGGUGGCACGCUUUUUUAUGUAACUGUCUGCGAAGUUAUACCAAGAGAAAAGUCGCGUUGGCAUCAAAACGCUGCACGAAGAAUAGCCGGUUUUGGACAGUUUUUGGCGGUUAUCAGUGGCUUCACGCUAAUGUGUGUCAUUAACUAUUUCCUUGACGACGGCGAUAGCUAGCGAGAAUUUUCAACUAUAUGCAAUCUCUGACGGUAAUCUCCAAUAUUUAUUUUUUGGCUAUUAGGCAAUAAAAAGUUUGUGAUUUUAUAAGUAUGUGUUUAUUAUAGUAGCAUAAAUACAUAUUCAUAUAUUUAUUUUACACGCAUUGUUUAACGAAAUUAAAUGAAUAUGAACAGUAGUCAUAAACUUA